AUGGCCCAGAAGUUAAAGGUUGCCGUGGCGCAAGCGCGGACUCGCUCGUCCCUGGAGUCGACCCUCGCGGCCCUCAAGCAAAUCACCCAACACGCCUCUUCUCAAGGUGUAAAGCUUUUGCUUUUCCCCGAAGCCUAUCUGGGUGGAUAUCCUCGCACUUGUGAUUUUGGAACUGCUGUUGGCGCACGCGCCCCUUAUGGUCGUGAACAAUUUCUACAGUACUUCAAGGGUGCGGUGGAUCUCGGCGAUACGCCUGCCGGGGCUGGUGAUGACUGGGUUGACCGCAAGCUCCCAACAGCGAAGGGCUCGGAUCAUCGUGGAGAUGGCACGAGGGAGUUCCUCGAACAGCUGUCGAAGGAAACCGGUGUCUUCAUCGUCACUGGGUUGAUUGAGAAGGCGGGUGGCAGCCUGUACUGCUCCGCCCUCUACGUGGACCCGUCAUCUGGUGUUCUUGGAAAAAGACGCAAGGUCAUGCCGACUGCCUCUGAGCGUCUUAUUUGGGGCCAGGGUUCCCCAUCCAGUCUCAAGGCCGUCACCACAGAGAUCGAUGGUGUUAAGCUCACCGUUGCUGCUGCUAUUUGCUGGGAGAACUUUAUGCCUCUUCUCCGUCACAGUUUGUACUCGCAGAACGUGAACAUUUAUCUUGCGCCCACAGCUGACAGCCGAGACACUUGGCUGCCUCUCAUGCAAACUAUCGGCGGCGAAGGCCGCACGUUUGUAUUGUCAUGCAAUCAGUGCGUCCGGUACAACGAAUUGCCUUCAUGGAUCACAGAUCAUGCCAAGGAUGUCUCAGAAGCGGAAGGAAAGAAGUACAUCUCUCGCGGAGGAUCUUGCAUUGUUGGUCCCCUUGGCGAAGUUCUCGCAGGCCCUAUCUGGGAAAAAUCUCUCGAUGAUGCGCUCAGCGGACUAGGAAUCAUUGAAGACUCUGAAAAGGAUGGCUUGUUAAUCCACGAGAUUGAUGUGGAAGAUUGCCAACGUGCUAAACUUGAUAUGGAUGUUACGGGGCACUAUUCAAGAGACGACUCCUUCAAGUUGACCGUCGAGGGGCUGGAUUUGAACCCUCCGCCUUUUUGA